AUGCUAGCAUUGCUACUAUUACUGCUUCUUAAUCCACAAAUUGAAGGUUGGAUAAAUGUGGAUCCAAUAAAUGUACGUGUACUUGGACCACCUCAAGCUUUGCCUCAAGGUGGAAUAGGAACGUUAUGGAAUUUUUUUGGUUGGGGUUAUUCAGCGGAUACGAUUUGGGAAACAAAGCCUAGAUCAUUUUUUUCAAGAAACAUCAAUGCAAUAUUGACACCAGUCGGGCCUUACGAAUUUGGCUCGUUUUAUAAUCUGCCGUUUGGAUGA